AAGAGCAACGUAAUAGCCAGGGCAGCCAAUGGGAAUAAAAGCUUAUACAUAAAUCUGUCAUGACCUAGUAGUGCAGACUGUUUAAAAACAGUGAUCUCCACUUAGCUUGUAAAUGCACAUCGCCCUCUUUCUCACUCAUAUAUUCUCUCUGCCUCUCUCUCUCUGACACACACACACACACACACACACACACACACACACAGGCUCCUGGAUUUGCAGAAGACAGACAUCUAGGACACUUCUUGGCAUCCACAGGAAAAUCAUAUGGGAUUAAAACCCCCCAGCAGACUUGCUGAAAACUGCCUCUCGAGGGUUACAAACUCACCUUUUGCAUUUACAGCUGCUUGUUUACUAUCCAUGUGGUAACCUGUGGACAGCCAGAAAUCCAUUCAUUAUCCCCACUGAUUGAGUGCGGGAGCAGCGCAGUGCUAACUACUUCACUCAGCUGACGGCAGACAACAAAAGGAGGAAAAUGAUGAAUUCGGACAAUUUAACCUCCCAAAGCUUCCUCUCUGCGAUUCACAGCAACACCAGCAAUUUAUUCUCAGGGCUCCAGUUUGUUCAGUCCUUCAAGCCACUCAUCAUCCCCUGCUACUCGCUGGUGGUUUUUAUUGGUGUCAUUGGGAAUUACCUUCUCAUCUAUGUCAUCUGCAAGACAAAAAAAAUGCACAACGUCACCAACUUUCUGGUAGGCAAUCUGGCUUUCUCAGACAUGCUUAUGUGUGCAACCUGUGUGCCCCUGACCCUGGCCUAUGCCUUUGAGCCCCGGGGAUGGGUUUACGGGCGCUUCAUGUGCUACUUUGUUUUCCUGAUGCAACCCGUCACGGUGUUUGUGUCUGUCUUCACCCUGACUGUCAUAGCCGUGGACAGGUACUGUGCCACGGUGUACCCGUUCCGCAGGAGGCUCACCAUCCCCAUCUGUGCUUACAUCCUGGCUGCUAUUUGGCUGCUGAGCUGCACUUUGGCUGCCCCAGCCUUGGUGCACACCUACCACGCAGAGUUCCCGGAGCUGGACUUCUCCAUCUGUGAGGAGUUUUGGUUCCACAUGAAAAGAGAUCGCUUGGCUUACGCCUACAGCACCCUCAUCAUCACCUAUGUGUUGCCUUUGGCUGUCAUCUCUCUGUCCUACCUGAGGAUCUCAGUCAAGCUGAAGAACCGUGUGGUCCCAGGCAAUGUCACCCAGGGCCAGGCUGAGUGGGACCGUGCCAGGAGGAGAAAGACUUUUCGCUUGCUGGUCUUAGUGGUGGCAGCCUUUGGAGUCUGUUGGCUGCCCCUGCACAUCUUCAACAUGAUAAAGGACAUCGACAUCAGCUUGAUUGACAAGCAGUACUUCAACUUCAUCCAGCUGCUGUGCCACUGGUUUGCAAUGAUGUCUGCUUGUACCAAUGCCUUCCUCUAUGCCUGGCUCCAUGACAGCUUCAGGGGAGAGCUGAAAAAAAUGUUUGCCUGGAGGAAGAAGAAAAUUGGACCUGCUACAAACUGCAUUAUGGCCAGUGUGGUGCUGUAAAAGAGAGCUGGUGGGAGUGCCCCUCCUUUGUACAUGAUCAUUCAACAAGAUGAUUCCCUGAAAGUCCCAGAGAGGAGCUGCAGAUGCAUCUGAGGGAAUAUCCAGAAGAAGAUAACAGCAAAAAUCUAUACCUACAUUUCCUACAAUUCCUACAUUUCCAUGAGGCACUGGAGCAAGAGGACUGCAAGGAGAAGCUUGAAGCUUUCAGCAUGGAGAGGAGCUCUGCCUCUCCUGCUCAGCACAGCUCUGGGUCUCCAGAUAAGAUGCUGGAAAGGCAGCUGGUGGCUCACAGAACAGGAGUGGCUUUUUUGCAGUGCUUUGUCAGAGGCUGGUGCUGGUGUGGGCUGGGGAUCACCCAGUGCAGCUCAGCUUCUCCCAGCAGCAUCACCAGAAGGGUGACUGCUCAGCCUGGGGCAGCUCUGCUCUGGGGAGGCUCGAGGUGUUUUCUCUCUUUCUCGAGCUUCUCAGCCACAGGGAGAUGUGUUUGUUUACUCCAUCACACCCACAAGACAGCUGAAAAAUGGUGACAUGGUGCACUGUCCCAGGCUGCCACCACCCCAGCUCGAGUUUGUGACCUGCAGUGCUUGGGAGUGGGAAGGAGAAGCAACAGCCUGUGCUGGGAACCAGCCCCAUCUUGGGCUCCUGGAGACAGGGCAAGAAAGAAAGCAAAAAACACAAUUUCUGAUCUUCAAGCUAACAAUAACCAGCCAAAGGGUAAAUCUGUAACCACCCAGAGGCUGUUCCUGUGCCAGUGUAGGAGGCACUCAAGCCUUCUGGGAGCGUGGUCCCUCACCUGUGGCGUGUCAGCUCGGUGUAUUUGCUUUGUGGUAUCUUUCUGCCCUUCCCUCACCCCCUCAGUGCAACAGGGGCAAGCCAGGAAAAAGCAGGAACAUUAGGGUGAGGUCCACAUCCCAUUUCUGUAUGGUCCAGAGGCAGAGGAGUUGAGGGCAGAUGCACUUGUGAAAGGGUUUUUUAAAUAAAAAGAAUUGAAAGGUUAGUGAUGGAGUUCCAAGGUAAGUGUUCAACCAACCCACUCCUCAGCAAUGGGAGAAAACUCUGGAGGAAGUAAGAUAACAAAAAAUAUCAUGUGCAAGAGCUAGCUAUCAGCUAAAUAACAAAUAUAUAAUACAUACAAAGUAUUUCAAAUCAUUAACAUGACAAAAUUAUUACUCAGCUUUGGAAUGAUUUCCCCUCGACUGUUGGAUCAUUUUAAAAUUCAACAUCUGUUGUUAAUAUGCAUAGAUUAAAAAAAAUAAAAAUAAAUUUGAAACCAUCUGAAGCACUCAACAGCAUAUGGCAGACCUGUUUAAUCUUAACAAGUCAAUAAUAUUAUAAUUGUGAAUCACUUCUUCAUUAAAACAUGUAUUAAUGUCUGUUGCAUAAAA